AUGGACAGACUGUUGAGUUGCGGCAAGAGACGACAGGCUAUGUUCGCUGAUGGAGAUAUGCACUUCUCCCUUCCCGUUAACGACACCCAGUUCCUGUUCGGACAGAGCCCUCAAUCUGCGCCGAUAGAUGAUAGUUUGAAGGCCUACGGGCCAGAUGAUCAUCUUGUCCUUCUCAUUCAAGGUUUACGUAUCUGGUCGAGAGUUCACACUUGGAUCGCUGAGGGCGGAAGAAGACAGCCUGGCAUGACUGAACCAGAGCAGUGUCCGUUCAAUGAUACUUCGGGUUGGAGUAAGAUGAAGCAGGACUUGAUCAAGUGGCGAGAUUCUCAGGAUACGCUGAUGAAGUAUCCUGCUACGAAGGUAUCGGUACAUGCUCAGCGAGGACAGGCUGAGAGGUUUGGAUACAUCAACUUGGUCCACUACGUCAGUUUGCUCUUCCUCUGCCGUGAAUACAUCCCCUUCAGCCCAGUAGACGAAGUCAAACCCCGCGGCCCCAUCGAACCACCACUCCUCAAAGCCCGAGGCCCCGAUUCAUUCUGGCUCCAAAACGUCUUCGAUCUCUACGACGCAGCAUCCCAAAUAUCCUCUCUCCUCUCCGAUCUCGAACACGUCGGCUGUCCCAUCCGCACCCCCUUCUCAGGCCUAUGCGCCUUCUCCUCCACUCUCUGGAGUAUAUACGGCGCAGCGUUUCCCAACUUCAUGGGCUUCACGCCAAGUCAAACCGCCGACGCAGACGCCCAAGCUGAAAGGACUAUGGCUGUUUUAGUGAGAAUAGGCAAGGUUUGGAGAUUGGCGGAGGAGUGGAUUGAUGUUUUGAAUACGGCCAAGAGUAUCAUGACGAGGGUUAGUGAGGGGCGGAGGGUUAAGAGGUCGAGGUAUGAUUAUCCCGAGUUGGAGGAUUCUAUUCAUCUUGCGCCGUUGCAGGGGAUGCCGAGACAGACGUUUGAUAGGCCGGCGGGGUUGGUGUCGGCGGAUGAUGGGUCGAAGUUGCAUCAGCUGGUGGCGAGUGAUGCUGAGCAGGGUUUGGAUACAGAUGGGCUCGUGUUUCUGGAGGAGACGAGUGGGAGUGAGUUUGUGGGUGAGGAUUGGUGGAGAUUACUGUCAUUCUGUGAUGAUCCGCAUCUCUUGUCGACGAGUAUGGAUAAUAUGGGUGACGAUAACGUAGCUUAG